UAACAAGCACUCCUUCAUGAGCCUAUUGAUUCUCCUUAAAACAAUCCUAAUAAAAAACAAUGUGUGGUGUCCUUCCCAAACAGGGAUACUGUACAUCUAUCAGUUGCUGUUGCAUGUUACAAUAUAUGCUCGGUUCAGAAACUAUGUUCCAGCUUCCUGUCAACAACCUUGGCAGUUUAAGAAAAGCCCGGAAAACUGUGAAAAAGAUACUUAGUGACAUUGGUUUGGAAUACUGUAAAGAGCAUAUAGAAGAUUUUAAACAAUUUGAACCUAAUGACUUCUACGUGAAAAACACUACAUGGGAAGAUGUUGGAUUGUGGGACCCUUCACUUACAAAAAAUCAGGAUUAUCGGACAAAACCUUUUUGCUGCAGUGCGUGUCCCUUUUCCUCGAAGUUCUUUUCAGCUUACAAAAGUCAUUUCCGGAAUGUUCAUAGUGAAGACUUUGAAAACAGGAUUCUUCUUAAUUGUCCCUACUGUACUUUCAAUGCAGACAAAAAGACUUUGGAAACGCACAUUAAAAUAUUUCAUGCUCCAAAUGCCAAUACACCAAGUAGCGGCAUCAGCACUUUUAAAGAUAAAAACAAGCAUGAUAGCCUUAAACCUAAGCAGGCUGACAGUGUAGAGCAAGCUGUUUAUUACUGUAAGAAGUGCACUUACCGAGAUCCUCUCUACGAAAUAGUUAGAAAGCACAUUUACAGGGAACAUUUUCAGCAUGUUGCUGCACCUUAUAUAGCAAAGGCAAGUGAGAAAUCACUUAAUGGGGCAGUGUCCUUGAGUUCUGGUACCCGAGAGGAGGGUAUGAUUCACUGCAAACGAUGCCUUUUUAUGCCGAAGUCAUAUGAAGCUUUAGUACAACAUGUUAUUGAAGACCACGAGCGUAUAGGAUAUCAGGUAACAGCAAUGAUAGGGCAUACAAAUGUGGUGGUCCCAAGAUCCAAACCUUUGAUGCUAAUUGCUCCAAAACCCCAGGAUAAAAAGCCUAUGGGACUUCCUCAAAGGAUGGGGCCCCUGUCCCCUGGAAAUGUCCGGUCUCUUCCAUCACAGCAGAUGAUGAAUCGACUGAAUAUACCAAAGCCUACAUUAAAUUCUGGAGGAGUUAAUAUGAUGUCUAAUGUUCACUUACAGCAAAAUAACUAUGGAGUAAAAUCAGUACCACCAAGUUACGUUGGUCACACAGGGGGAAGGCUAAGUUUAACUGGUAGCUCUCCAGUCUCCUUGUCCCAGCAGCCCCAGUCAAUGAAGCAGUAUCCUCCAAGUGGAAAUGGAAGACCGUACCCCAUGGGAGGGGAACCAAGAUCGCAGGCUACAGCGAGAUACUCUCUUCAGUCUGCCAACACAUCUUCGCUUUCAUCAGGAUCACUGAAACCAACAUCGUUAGCUCAAUCUCAGGCAGCAUCCAGAGUAUUAGGCCAGUCCACACCCAAGCCUCUUGGAGCUGGUGCUACAGGUGCCUCUGCUGUAAAUACUUCCUCAACUCAGAAAUGGAAAAUUUGUACAAUCUGUAACGAGCUGUUCCCAGAAAACGUGUACAGUGUUCAUUUUGAAAAAGAGCACAAGGCUGAAAAGGUGCCCGCUGUUGCUAACUACAUCAUGAAGAUACACAAUUUCACUAGCAAAUGUUUAUAUUGUAAUCGCUACUUGCCUACUGACACGUUGCUUAACCACAUGUUGAUCCAUGGUCUGUCUUGUCCCUACUGCCGCUCAACUUUCAACGAUGUUGAAAAGAUGGCUGCUCAUAUGCGAAUGGUUCAUGUUGAUGAAGAAAUGGGACCUAAAACUGAUUCCACUUUAACCUUUGAUCUGACGUUGCAGCAGGGUAGUCACACCAAUAUACAUUUACUCGUAACAACUUACAACUUGAGAGAUGCACCUGCUGAAUCGGUAGCUUACCAUGCUCAAAAUACGCCUCCAGUUCCUCCAAAACCACAGCCAAAAAUUCAGGAGAAAGCAGAUAUACCCGUAAAGAGUUCUCCUCAAGCGGCAGUUCCCUACAAAAAAGAUGUAGGGAAAACACUCUGUCCCUUGUGCUUUUCAAUUUUGAAAGGACCCAUCUCUGAUGCACUGGCACAUCACUUAAGGGAGAGGCAUCAAGUUAUUCAAACAGUUCAUCCAGUAGAGAAAAAGCUCACGUACAAAUGUAUUCAUUGUCUUGGAGUGUAUACCAGUAAUAUGACGGCCUCGACUAUAACACUGCACCUUGUCCACUGUAGAGGUGUUGGGAAGACCCAAAACGGUCAAGAUAAAUCUAAUGUGCCCUCUCGGCUAAAUCAGUCUCCAGGUGCAGGACCUGUAAAACGUACUUAUGAGCACAUGGAAUUUUCUUUAAUGAAGAAAAGGAAAAUGGAUGAUGAUGACUCCCCUUCUGUCUUUGAGGAGAAGCCUGAAGAACCUGUAGUUCUCGCUUUAGAUCCCAAAGGUCAUGAGGAUGAUUCUUAUGAAGCCAGAAAAACAUUUCUUACAAAAUAUUUCAAUAAGCAACCCUACCCCAGUAGGUGGGAGAUUGAGAAGUUAGCUGCUAGUCUUUGGCUGUGGAAAUCUGACAUUGCUUCACACUUCAGCAACAAAAGGAAGAAAUGUGUUCGAGAUUGUGAAAAGUUUAAACCGGGGGUCCUGCUAGGAUUCAACAUGAAAGAGCUAAAUAAGGUUAAACAUGAAAUGGAUUUUGAUGCCGAGUGGCUUUUUGAAAACCAUGAUGAAGAGAACUCUAGAGUCAAUGCUAGCAAAACUGUUGAUAAAAAAAUAAACUUAGAUAAAGAUAAUGAAAGUUCCUCUGACAGUUACGAGAAUAUAGAAGAGGAAUUCAAUGAAAGCAAUAGUCCUUUUGCAGAAUCUGUUUCUAAUUCUGGUCAUAAAGCCUCUGUUAAUAGCAUAAAUGAGAACCAAGAUGAAAGCAUACCCAAGGAGGCAACUGAGGAAGUCACCUUAGUGUCUCCAGAAAAAACAGACCAAAAAGAAGAAGAGGGAGACCCAAAACAUAAAGACAUUUGUAUUACAGAACCAACAAAACUGGUAGCUGAUGGCUCUGACAGUGAAGGUGACCAAGUAGAUCAAGAUGAUGCUAUUGAAUGGAAAGACGAAGCAUCACCAUCUGAAAGUGGACCUGGUUCUCAGCAACCAUCUGACUUUGAAGAUAACACAUCAGAAGUGAAACCGGAACCUUGGACAGACGAAUCAUCCCACAGUGAAGAUGUUAAUAAUAGCAAACCAGUUGCAGAAACUAAAGGUGUUGCCUCCGAGAGUGAUGAAGAACAGACAAAGUGGAAGAAUAGUUCCUAUGGAAAAGUGGAUGAGUUUUGGUCUAAGGACCAGUCACAGUGGAAAAACACAACAGAAAUUGAGGAGAAUUUGUCAAAUCAGCAGAUGGAGUGGCAGAGUAGCACAAUUGACAGUGAAGAUGGAGAUCAGUUUGACAGUGUGACUGAUGGGGUUACAGAAUCAAUGCGUAGCGGCCUAACUGGGGUAGAGCUGAGUAGCCAGCAAGCAUAAAGCUGUUCAACUCCCUAGCCUCUGUUAUCCUCCACUUGACAACUGUCUAAACACUUUCAUUACAGGACUGCUAAAGUUCAUUGUUACUGGUACUGCCUUUUGAGCGCAAGGUCAUCUGGCUAGUAGCUGUGAGGUGGCCAUACCAAUUCCAGUUCUUAUUUCAAAGUAUCCUGUUGGCAAUUCUCACUUGAGAGUAUCUGCUGUGAUGAGCACAGUAAACUAAUGUGAAAACGGGAUAUGCUGGUGGCUCCUGGUUGGGCACUGAAGAAAAGUAAAGGUUU